UCACGCCCUCACGCGUCGCAUCUGGAGCCCUCUCAGUUGUUCAUCAGAGAGGAGAGCGGUCCGGAUCAAAACGGCGCCGUUUUGUCUUCGCACCUGCCGGAGGUGGAUGUACUUUUUCAUUUUGAUCCACAUGUUGGGAAUUUCGUGCGCUUCCAGUGCGUAAAAGGGGACGUGACGGACGAUUCAAGUUGAAUUCCCCCUCGGGAAGUUGGACUGAUCAGAGUUGCAUUGAAGUUUUGUGGGGGGGUUUUUUCUUGGUCCGGCAGCUCCUGUGUCGGGACAUGUCCGAAAUGGUACAGAGUCGGCGCGUGGCGUCCGAAACUCCGGCAGGUUCGCGCGGUGCGGUUUCAGCUGGCGCACUCGGGUCCGGAGUUGGGAUUGUCGCUCUUGGAUCUACAGGAUGCCGGAUCAUCACUUGAACUCGCGCGGUGUGGAAGAAAAGCGGAUCUGUGUGACGAGUUGGCUCAAGAUUUUCUUCUAAUUAAAAAAAAAACUCUUUGAAAAAACAUUAGAAUUCGCCUAAAGCGCAAUGAUUCUGACAACUUUUGUGAUUGUAUUGUCCUUCCUGGACUCAGUGUUCACCUUGAGGGGAGACAGCAGCAGCAGCAGCAGCAGCUCCUCCCGGGUCCGUCUGGAUUGCGUAAAGGCCAGUGAGCAAUGUCUAAAGGAGUACAGCUGCAGCACCAAGUACCGGACGAUGAGGCAGUGCGUGGCGGGGAGGGAGAGCAACUUCAGUGCGGUCACCGGUCCCGAGGCGCAGGGCGAGUGCCGCAACGCGAUAGAUGCCAUGAAGCAGAGCCCCCUGUACAACUGCAGGUGUAGGAGAGGCAUGAAGAAGGAGAAGAACUGUCUCCGGAUCUUCUGGAGCAUAUUUCAGAGUUUACAGGGUAACGACUUGCUGGAAUACUCCCCGUACGAACCAGUCAACAGCCGCCUCUCAGAUAUUUUCCGCCUUGCCCCCAUCAUAGCCGCUGAGCCUGCAUCCACGAAGGAGAACAACUGUCUGAACGCCGCCAAGGCCUGUAACCUGAAUGACACGUGUAAGAAGUACCGCUCGGCUUACAUCAACCCUUGCACCAGCAGGGUGUCUGCCUCCGAGGUCUGCAACAAGCGCAAGUGCCACAAGGCCCUGCGUCAGUUCUUUGACAAGGUCCCAACUAAAUACAGCUAUGGGAUGCUGUUUUGCUCCUGUCCAUCGGGGGAUCAGACGGCGUGUGCCGAACGCAGACGACAAACGAUCGUGCCCGUCUGCUCCUAUGAGGACAAAGACACGCCUAACUGUCUGUCCCUGCAGAACAUAUGCAAGACCAACUACAUCUGCAGGUCAAGGCUGGCAGACUUUAUCAGCAACUGUCAGCCUGAAGCGCGCUCCAUCUCCGGCUGUCUGAGGGAGAACUAUGCAGACUGUCUGCUGUCGUACUCGGGUCUUAUUGGUACGGUAAUGACUCCCAAUUAUGUGCGAUCGCUCGGUAUUAGCCUGUCACCGUGGUGCGACUGCAGCAGCAGCGGGAACAGCAAGCCAGACUGCGAGAGGUUUUCAGAGUAUUUCACCAAGAACCGAUGCUUACGAAAUGCCAUCCAGGCAUUUGGCAAUGGUACUGAUGUUGGAGUCUGGCAACCCCAACCCCCGAUUCUGCCUACUGUGCUCGAGCCCAGCAUCAGCCGGAGGGGUAAAGCCCGAACCAGUAAUGCACUGGACGCGCUGACGGACAUCACCAAACUCGAUCUUGACAGCGACUCAUUGUAUAGCGUCUGCGGGACCUUACAGGCCCAAAAGCUCUUGUCAAAUCAGACAGUGGAUUCUGCCAUGUGUGUGAACCACCAACUGGACGAGUCCUCUGACUCAAAUGCCAUCGCUAGAAGCUCAGCAGCUGAACUCAGCGGCCUACAUCCCUGCUGCCUGCUCCUCACACUGGCCUUUGCUUUGACACCUAUAGUAUCACCCCUCCAUGAUUUCCAGCUUUUGUAGGAUGUACGUACUUGUACGAUGGACUGACGCUCUUCUCUCAAGAAGUGAUUGAACUCAUUUUAAUUUAGACCUUUACCAAAGUGUGACACCUGCAUUUUUUCUUGAAAAGGCGCGGUAAGAGCCCCGAAAAUCAGACAACAGUGGAUUAUAUCCGACUGUGUUGAAAAACAGACUUGCUGACGCUGUUGCUCAGAUAUGAGCUUGUUUGCCUUUCCAUGCCCCGUCAGUGGGGAGGGGGCAAUUUGGGUGACUUUAAGAAUCAGAUUCACGCAUGGGAACGCUCAUGUUUUUUGGAGUUAAGCCCUGUGAUCUGAUAACCAGUGUGAAUAAAUUCACUCCUCUGGAAUGUGUGCAAUCUGUGCACAUUCGAUUGAGCGGACCACCAAUGUUCAGAACAACGUUUUGAGGAUAAGGAUCAUUCUCUGUGUAACCAUGCUUUGAGUUGUCCCCCCCAAUAAAAACCUACUUUAGUUCAACAAGAAGGAAAAGUAAGUGUUGAUCUUGAAGUGCUGAUCUACGGUAUGUCACAACAGACUAACUUACAUGUUUCAUAGAUGCACUGUGAGGAAUACGAUUCGUAAAAACAUUUUAACUCAUAACAUCUUGAGACAUAUCAGCCAGAAGACAGUGCAGUUUCCUCUUCUAUACGUUCGGUACUAGGUAUAGAUCAGUUUCGUGGAUUUAUUCGAUUGUUAUGGUGGUUUGUGGUUUUAUCACAUCGCCUCUAAGAGAACAUUUUGUACAUAUAAUACAUAAAGUGUACACUCUAUUACAGUCCGCUGCCGUUAGCUUGUAACAUAUCGUCUGUAAUGUUUUUGAGAGUCGGUGUUAGUAUCUGAUGACCUGAGACCUCGCAGCUUUAUCCGGUGUAGCUAUGGUUUAUGAAAAUGUAACGGGGGGUGUGCGGUUCUUUUACUCAUGUGGUUACAGGUACAGGUAUACAGGUAUCGUGUGAUUAUAUUUUGAUGGCAAAGUGCAUAAUGUUAUCUUGAGCAGUAUUUUUCUUGAGGAUUAUCAAACUGUUACAGCAACAAGAACAUCAAGAAUUUAUAAAAGUGUCUUUAAGGCUGAAGCGAAGUAAUGAUCUUCUUCUGUUCGACUGAAAGUGCAUUUGUUUUUUGACUGGCCACCCCUGUUUUGAUUUUAUCUUUCCAAUUAUUGUCUGGAUGGAACACAAAAAAAGGACAGGGGUUUGAUAAACAAAGAAUGUGUAGAUACCCACAAGCAGAGCAAAUGCCAAAAGACAAAAGCCAGUAGACAUUAAUUGCUAGCACUUACUGCAAAUGGCAGAAAAUAUGAAAACACUCAACAUUGUUAUUAUGGACUUAAUGACACCCUAAUUAUCAAAGACAUUAAAAGAAUGUACAACAUAAUAACAAUGGGCACUGAAAUUGCCAUUUUUUUAAAAAAAAAGUGUGAAAUGUGUGCAUUUCUUUAUAGAUUAUGUCUCAGAUUUGUUUAUUUUUAAGGGUCAAAAAAAGGUUUUGGUCGAUCUUAUUUAACUGAGAGAUAUUACCAGCAUACCUAAAGACGUCAAAUAGACAUGAAGAGCAUUUUAAAAAAGUUUGGUUAUGUGUUCAGUGUUUGCCAAACAGCUGAAAUAAAAAAAAAGUGACUCGGUGA